AGUAAAGUGCAACAAGAGUCAUUUUAUUCAUGUUAUUCAUCCUUUAUUUUACCAGGUUUGUCCCACUGAGAUCAAUGAUCUCAUUUUCAAGUGAGACCUGGCCAACAUAAAAAGUUACAGACAAGACCAGCAAACAACAUUUACAUUAAAAGUAACGCUAAUCCAGAACAAAUUCUAACAUUAAAAUAGCUACAAACAAUGACAAGCACCAACCAAUCAUAGUAUUUAUCACUGAGGUGAUGAGAACUUUCAAACGAGACAGAUUCAGGUCUUCUUAGAGGCUGUUCCGAGGCCUUUUUAAUUCAGUCCUUCCACUUGGUGCAGACAACAAUAUAGCAUAUCACAAUCUCAGGACAAUAAAAUAAUAAUAUGCAUGAAUUCAGAAGAUUAUUGAACGUUUAGUGCAGGUCUGAGGGAAGAAAUGUGUGGAAACACAUUAUCAAUCAUCAACAACAUCAGAACGUCAUGUUGUGAUGUUUCCGGUUCCUGAGCCGUAGAAGGUCUCCAGCAGCUUCUCCUCCAGCUUGUUCCUCCUCCGCCUGAAGAAAUGGAGGCGCUGCCGUGUCUUUGCCGUGACUUUUUCAUGAUUUCUUUGGUGUUUAUGGACCAGGAAAUGUUUUCCGAUAUGUGAAGCCUCAGGCACUUGAAUGAGUGAACCUGCUCCACCCGUGCUCCAUUAAUCCAAAGCGGUGUUGGAUCGUUCCUGCGUUUUCUCCCGUUCUUUUGUCUUCGUUGUGUUUAAUUCCAUUUUAUAUGCGCAGCACCGGCCCGACAGUCUCCGGAUCUCGACUGUACUGUCUGCGAAUUAUGACAUUAUUAAUAAUUGUAUUGAUAAGUGUAGGUGAACAUGAUGCACAUCCCUCAGAGUUCUCCUGGUGAACUUUAAGUAACCUUGAAGACACCUCUGGCCAUUCAGACGACUCAUUCUUUUCUUCCAAUCUACUCAAUGACAGUUCAUGUCCAUUGGUGCUUGUUUAUUUUAGAUCCUCCUUCAUUCAUUCUCUCUUCCUGCUUAAUCCUGUUUGGGGGAAGAGAGAACCCGUUGGGCUUCCCAGUCACGCACUGUAAGGAAAUUUUUUUUUUUGAACCAAUGAACAAAAGUAUUUUGAUUUCAUUUUAAGCGUAGAAGUUAUUUGUGAUCACAGUGUCCUUUCUGCAGAAUGCGACAAUGACACCUUAGUGACAAGAUGAUCUAGUUAAAUCAUUAAAGGGUGUCACAAAGAAGAAUGGCAGCAGGGAAUUUGCACUAUCUGGUAUUGUCACUCGCUUAAAAAAAAAAAAAAAAAAAAAAAAAAAAACAAUUAGCCAAUGAGGUGGGAGUCUGUGCAGAGUCCCCAUAAAGUUACAAACAAAAACAAGUGAUUUGGAUUCAGAGGGUUGUAUGGGGACAAAUGAAUCAUUAGUUUCUGUCAGUUGACACAAUGAAGCCAUGUGAGAACAUGACAGAGAGGAGGAAUCCAUACAAUGAGGACUUGGCUCGGCACCAUGCGGAUGCUUUAGGAAUGGGCAGGGCUCUCAGAUAUGCUUGAAAGAGAGCGUGUAUUGACAAGACGUUUGAGAUCAUGAGCAAACAAAUCUGAGAGUUAAUACCACUGAGCAACAGAUAAGUCAGAGAGGACUUAACGUGUCACUGCUAGGAUCUCCACGCUUUUAUUAAAGAGCCAUCUCUCGCAGCAUUUCACAUCUCAAAUUAGAACCAUGUAGGCUUCUUGGAAAAGCAAGUGUUUUGUUGUAAUAUGAGCCGCUCUCCUUUUGGCACAGGCACCCAAAUUGACUUUAAUUCCGAAAUGACUGGAUAUCUUGUGGAAUUCGGUGUUGCAGGAGAUGAAAGGCGGGCGUAAAUCAUGAGGGGGGAGAUGGACAGGCUUUGUCAGGUGCCACAUCAUAGCCGGUGCAGAGUCCCUUCUUCUUUUGUGGUCUGCGCGUCGUUGCCCAGGGCUCACCUUGACAGGAAUGAAUGGCCGGACGCCUCGGGGCGUGAAUUCGUUCGGAGCGAUAUAAAGUGCAAAAGCCUGCGCCGGUCUGACAAAUCCCCAGCAAAGCGCCCGCUGCGCUCCCAAAACGCUCGCGUCGCGUAUUUACAAACAGUAAACAGCAAGUGAAGCGAGACUCCUGCAUUCGAGAUGUGUGUAGCCAUGAGACGGAACUUGACACGGCGGCGCACAGAGCGCGGAGAUCAGGUUUGAAACAUGCAUCGCAACAGAUCAUCCCCAAAUCGCAUUCCGCAUACUGAAAUCUAAUCCGAGGACAUCAGGAUGUGUGACAUAAUCCCCAAGACAUCUGAAAACUUCGCUCGUCCAUACAGGGCUCCAGGGGUGGUUUGGACAGACACGCGGACCUCUGUUACACACGGUUUGCUCUCGCGGGGAUCUAUAAAAGAGGGGCGGACACCAACUGCCCCCAAACGUCAGAGCGCACUUAACUAUAAAUCUCUCCAAACUGCCCUCUGCGCCCGGUGCGGUGUUAUGCGCAGACAUCUGUCCUGCUUCAGUCCAAUAUGAGGACAGCGCGCGUGGAAUCCCGUCGACUUUCUAUGCGAGCAGGAGGAAAUGGAGAAUAAACACCCACAUCUGUGCCGUUUACUACGAGAUCAGUGCAAACUGUCGGCGAUUACGAUUUUUUAACGCAUUUCUGGAUAUAAGGGCGUUUUGACCGUUUUGUCUGGAGGCAAACUAGACGCUCUGGCGCUCUGGAAAACAACUAUCGUGCACCUUUUUUUUGCGCCUCGCUUAUGCGCCGGAGACGCUGAUGUCUUCAUUGGACUCCUUUCAGUGGGAGAUGGUGGAUCUCUCUCGGAUUUCCAACGUGGAAACGUAGCAUCCAAUUAAUCAGCGACUGCAACUGUACCCCCGUGAGGCGCAGUGGCACUUGGUCCGCUUUCCUCAACGCCUACCUUUGGACUCCAAAGUGUGGAGAGGCGCAUAGUUCGGUCGGUUGGUGUGCUGGGUCGGAAUAUGAAAAACACACACCGUGCAGUGUCUGAGCUGUUAUUUUUUUCCUCCUCUUUUUGGACUUAAAUUGAAUUUGAACUCGCUUUGAGGGAAUUUUCGCGUCGGGGCUGUUUUAAGUGGUUUCGUGCAGCUGAAUCAGCUGGGGACAAUAAAUGAGCGGCGUUUUCGGUCUGGAUUUUAACACCAACAGUCAAGGGAAUUUCAGGUCUGCAUGGGCCAUAUUUAAGCCUUCUUCAUAGGAACUGAGUCUAAGAUGAAGUUAUGGGAUGCUUUGGCCAUGUGUUUGUUGCUCCUGAGCUCCGUUGCUACUCGGCCUCUCUACCAAAACACUCAGCCAGCCAAGAGGACUUACUUCCCCAGCAGCUACAGUGAUUCCGCGUCCCUGUCUGUGGAGGACGAAGAGCCAGCGUUCCAGCGCCAAGACCACAACCUGCAGCAGAUCCCCAUGGAGGAUCAGUAUGACAUUUCAGGUCCCUACCCGGAGCAGUUCGACGACGUGAUGGAUUUUAUCGAGGCCACAAUCGGCAGACUCCGGAGGUCGUCAGAAGCCAACGGGGGCACCAGGGGACGGAGGGAGUCGCGACAGAAAGGAGCAGCAAACACGGGAGGGGGCGCGAGGGGCGAGGCGAGGGCGCACGCGGACAGGAGGCGGGCGCGAGGCCGAGGGGGGAGCCGAGGCGGCAAAGGCGGCCGGGGCGAGAAGGCGAGGGAGAGGAUACCGGUGCAGAGCAGAGGCUGCCUGCUGAAGGAGGUCCACCUCAAUGUGACGGACUUGGGGCUGGGGUACCAGACGAAGGAGGAGCUGAUCUUCCGGUACUGCAGCGGCCCCUGCAUCGAGGCGGAGACCAACUACGACAAGAUCCUGAACAACCUCACGCACAACAAAAAGCUGGACAAGGACACCCCCUCUCGCACCUGCUGUCGACCCAUCGCGUUUGACGACGACUUGUCUUUUUUGGACGACAAUGUCGUGUAUCACACGCUAAAGAAACACUCUGCUAGGAAGUGUGCCUGCGUCUGAGGAGGCCUCUCUAACGUGACGAAAUGACUCGCGCGACCGGCAUCAGCGGACUAAGGACCGCCGUUACAAGCCGGCGCCGCGAGGAGAGGGAUUACUGUUGGACAUGUGCGUACGAGGUCAAACGGGGGGAGCGUAUUAUUCUUGUCAGUAGCCAUCGAAGGAGAGACAGGUGAGUAUGCACCUGAAAGACACUGGAACAGCCAUCGGAAAGCAAAACUGUACAUCUACCUUUGACGGUCCAGUCCUCAGGUCCCGCGGCCGGCACGCACGCAUCAGGUGCGCGCCAAUUUACAGACGAUUAAAUACUGUUACACUUCUAGAUUCGCUAACUGCGCUGUCUAAACACGCGAAGAAAAAAAAAGUUGGCUCUAGAGGAAUUCACUUCCCAGGAACAUCAGUUUUUCCAUAGCUGAAUCCAGAGAUCUGAAGAGCUUAUUCAGUCGCAGUCUAAAUCACUGCAUAGUCUGGAUGUUGACGUUUACGUUCAGAGCCAAGGAACCGCACCGGAGUUCAGCAGAGACUUUUGGGUGCAAGGCAUCUUCAUAAAAUCCAAUCAUUUAUAUAUAUAUAUAUACACAUAAAUAUAAAUAUAUAUAUAAAUAUAUAUAUGAAUAUACAUACAUAUAUACGUGUGUGUGUAAGAGGUAUAUUUAUUAAGAUGGAAUUAACUUAUUGUUAUUUAUUUCAAUCCAGUUUAUGAAAGAAAUUGUCUUUUUUUUUUUUCUUAUUUAUUUAAAAGCUUUGUUUGUCCUGGAUGGUGCCAAAAGUGGAGAAUUUUGUCGACGCGAAAUCUUACAAGGUGACCCAGAACUGCUCAGACACUCCCACACAUCCUAGUAAUGCUUACUCGUGUCACUUAGAUUCCAGGGGUUCUCAUUUCACGCAUUCUGACGAUUAGCUGUCGGGCUGAGGAAAGGUAGCUAGAGAAGCAGAGGAGGGGACCAAUAGGAGACUUUUGAUAGAAAUGACGUGUCGUUUUGAAGCAUUUUCGAGGGCAGUACUUUGUUUUUUCACUAAUGUGACCAGUGCUAAGACAGCUCUCUCCUCAGGCACCAGGCUAUAGACAAUAUUCAAACCAUCCAUCCAUUCAUUACUCUCUAUGUUUACAAGGAUUAUUUGCUGCUGUUUUAUCUUUUUAAGGUAGUUUUUAAAUGAUUAACCUAAGGUCACUUCAACCGGAGGCCCGUGACACUUUUUAAUUUAGCACGAGAGCGGUGGUCUCACGAGGACCUUGUAGGUGCCUUUGAGGGUGCAUCCUUAUAGCCGCGCUACAGAAGCUGCUGGAAUACCUGUCUAACAGCGUUCGUUAUCUGAAACCUCACACCAAGUCUGAGCAAAGGCUUUUGCAGCGGUUUCCCGUCCCAGAAGGCUUAAAAAAUCCGCGGGACUGCCCGGGUUUUUCGCCCGAGCUUUGACAGACAGCCCUCAUUCCCUCAAAGGGGAUUUGAAAGUGAUCCUCUAACACGAGUCUUAACCAAAUACCCCCGCUGGCAAAGGCAGCUUGAGGAAGAUCUAGCUACUGUAGCGGCUGUCAGCGCGCAAAACCGACGUAAAUAUCUCAAGAGCGGACGUUUCGACAAAAGAGCGCGCGAGUGAAGGCGGCGGGGUUGGCUCCCCCGCGCGCUUUUCACAUGCGGCGACUUGUUCGGCUAAGUUUUUUUUUUUAUUCCAAAACCCAGAGCAGCAGCGCGCAUCCAGGCGAGUGUCUUUAAAGAGGAGGCGCUGCUGCUGCUGCGCCCUUUGAGGGAGGGGGGGAGGUCGUCGCUUUACGUGGAACAAAGAGAGAGCCCCCCGUGUAGGUCUUGAUGUUAGCACGGAUUAGGGACCAAGGUAUCUGUGCCCACCCAGCAGCAAGCAAGCCAGCUUUACUGUGUAAUCCCCCCCACCACUCCCCCUGCCCCGCCCAACCCCGCACAGAACAAAUCCACCGCAUCAAGCUGAAUUUAGGCCAAACACUACACGUAGAAGGAAAAAAAAAAAAAAAAAAAAAAAAAAAAAAAAAAAAAAACACAACAAAAAAAAACCUGCCGUUAUCACAGCAUACCUCAUCAAUGGGAUCAUCUUCCCCUUCAAACAACCGAUUCGUGCGUAAGCCUUUCCAGAUGAGAAUGUGCAGUUAGCAGACUUCCCAGAAGCCUCCGAGCGCCUCGCUACCCGUCAGUACCGUGCAUUUAAAAGGGCACGAACUGUGACCACUCGCCCCUCUCUCAUCCUCACGACUGUUUGCUCGACUGAUCACUGCCGGUCGCUUCCUCUGGAUCGGAUGCAAAAGGUAAACAAGGUUGUUUGAGAUGCGAAUUGAAUCCUCAGUGUUAAAAUAUUGGAUGAAAAAGGACUGCAUUUGUUGUCACUCGGUCAACGCCUCUUGUCAUGUCCGUCUCACUUGUUUUGUGUUACAGAACCAAAGCUCUCGGCAAACUUUAUUUUUGUACAAUAUUCAUUUUAUAACUUUUUACAGAAUUAAACUUGUUUCUAUUAAAA